AUGCCAGUCACAUUUGAAGAGCUCCCCCUCCAAGUCGAAGGAGUCAACCUUCACCUUUCAACAAUCCACAACCUCAAGCCCAACCCAAUUCUCUUCCUCCACGGCUUUGGCUCGAGCAAAGAAGACCUUGCAGAUCUAUCCCUGCAACCAGCACUAAAGCAGCAUGGCUACAUCGCAUACGAUGCGCCAGGAUGUGGCCACACAGAAAGCGACAACCUCGCCGCCACCGACAUCCCUUUCUUGAUCGCGACCGCAGAAGCAGUCCUGGACCACUUCAAAAUCACCAAAUUCCACCUAAUGGGCCACUCAAUGGGCGGUCUCACAGCUCUCCUCCUUGCAAGCCGCCACCCAGACCGCGUCCUCAGCUUCGUGAAUAUCAAGGGCAAUCUCGCGCCCGAGGAUUGCUUCCUCAGUCGCCAGAUCUUCCAAUUCCCCGCUGAUGAUCCGGAGGCAUUCAUAAAUGCUUUUAUUGAGCGCACGCGUACGUCUGGUGCUUUUGGUAGUGCUAUGUAUGCUAGUACGCUGCGCCAUCGUGUUCGCACCGCUGCUGUUCGGCCUAUUUUUGAGUCUAUGGUUGAGUUGACGGAUCAUGCGGAUUUGAUAGAUAAGUUUUUGGCUUUACCUUGUCCGCGUAUGUUUAUGUUUGGUGAGGAGAUGCGUGGGUUGUCUUAUUUGCCGUUGUUGGAGAGGGAGGGUGUUGAGUUGGCGGAUAUUGUCGGUUGUGGGCAUUUCCCUAUGUAUUCGAAUCCUGUGGAGAUGUAUCAUCGCAUUGCGGAUUUCUUAGAUCGAGCGUGA